GGACGGCUUGUGAUUUUCAAUGAGACAUAUUUUAAUUUUAAACUUAGACAUCGCUUGUUGCUCCUUCGAGGGAUGAUGGAUCGUCACCAAUAAAGGCAAAACGCGGGGUUUUGACAGAACGAGGUUGCAGUGGUAUGGGCUGGCCGGCGUGUGACUUGUUUUGUCGUCGCCAACCACAACCUUCUCGCCUCUUCCUCCUCUCUCCCCCCUCUUCACAUUCAUCUUUUCUUCCCUUCGAAAGUGCAUCCCCACGCUGAUCGUUUGCUGUUUCGGUCUUCCGAUAUGCAAGUCACCUAUUUGCCAAGGAGUGACUUCCAGAGCAUGUGAAGAAUUGAUAGAGCCACCGCCUGUCUCUCGACAACACUGACCAUGAUGCCACCAAAGAUGAUGAUGCUUCAGUUCCUAGUCGCCACUUUAGGGGUUGUAAGUGUUUUGGGUGCUGAUCAGGUUACCCUCCAGGCAGAGAACUUGCUGGACUCGUGGCUGGAGGCUGAAACCAGCUAUGCCCUCGAUGGAAUCCUGAACAACAUUGGUGCAGAUGGGGCAAAGGCGAUCGGUGGGAAUGCUGGCAUUGUCAUUGCCAGCCCCAGUAAGAACAGUCCAGACUACUUCUACACUUGGACUCGCGAUGCCGCUCUCACCGUCAAAACCCUUGUAGAAACCUUCAUCAAAAAUGAGGAUCCUAUACUACAAACUAAGAUUCAAGAAUAUAUCAGUUCCCAGGCAUACAUCCAGACUCUAUCCAAUCCUUCUGGUGAUUUAUCUACCGGGGGCUUGGGAGAGCCAAAAUUCCAUGUCGACAAGACAGCUUUUACGGGCUCUUGGGGGCGUCCACAGAGAGAUGGGCCUGCGUUGAGGGCAUCGGCCAUGAUUGCCUACGCGAACUGGCUAAUUGAAAAAGGGCAAUCUUCUACUGUGGACUCCAUCAUCUGGCCGAUUGUCCAAAAUGACCUCUCAUAUGUGACCGAAUAUUGGAAUUCAACCACUUACGACUUGUGGGAAGAAGUGAGCGGCUCAUCCUUCUUUACUACGAUCGCCCAGUAUCGUGCCCUAGUCGAAGGGGCCUCCCUCGCCCAGAAACUAGGCCAUUCCUGUCCCCAUUGCGACUCCCAGGCACCCCAAGUCCUCUGUUUUCUACAGUCGUACUGGACAGGCUCCUACAUUCUUGCCAACUUUGGCUACGACCGGUCUGGAAAGGAUGCUAAUUCCAUCCUUGGGAGUAUCCAUAGCUUUGAUCCCUCGGCAGACUGUGAUGAUACCACUUUCCAGCCAUGCUCGGCUCGGGCCCUUGCCAAUCAUAAGAGUGUCACAGAUUCUUUCCGCUCGCUCUACGACAUAAACAAGGGUAUAUCGCAGGGUAAGGCCAUCGCCGUAGGCCGAUACUCAGAAGAUGUUUAUCAAGGCGGUCAACCAUGGUACCUCUGCACCUUGGCUGCUGCAGAGCAGCUCUACGAUGCAUUGUAUCAGUGGGAUAAGAUUGGUUCUCUCACAAUCACGUCAACAAGCCUUGCAUUCUUCCAGGAUGUAUAUCGAUCUGCCAAGGAAGGGGAAUAUGAUUCCUCAUCGACGGAAUACAAAGGCAUUACUGCCGCUAUCAGAACUUACGCAGAGGGAUAUAUAAGCAUCGUCAAAACCUAUACACCACCCAACGGUGCCCUCGCAGAACAAUUCUCUCGCACAAACGGUUCUCCCCUCUCAGCCUCCGACCUCACCUGGUCCUACUCCUCUGUCCUCACAGUAUCUGCAGCGCGUAAAAAUGCACCCAGAGCAUCCUGGAACAGCUCUCCAUCAUUCUCCCUCCCGAGAACAUGCUCCCCAUCCUCCGCAAAAGGCCCCUAUGCCCCCGCAACAAACACAUCCUGGCCUGUCCCGAAAUGUGCACCCAAUUCUCCAGUAAAGCCCACAGUGUCCGAGGUCUUUCUCGUUGGAUCAAUUCCUGCGUUGGGUGAGUGGAAUACGAAGUCUGGGGCUGUGGGACUGGAAGCGAAUGAGUAUUCAGAUGACGCGCCUUUGUGGUAUGGGUCCGUUACUUUAACCCCCGGGACGGAAAUCGAGUACAAGUUUAUUAUCAAGAAGGGUGCUGAUGGAGAGGUGGUUUGGGAGGGAGGCUCGAACCGGAAGUUUACAGUCCCAAGAGACUGUAAUGUGGUAAAUGCUACGAUUAAUGAUGCCUGGAAGUCGUGA